CCAUCAGCUAACAAGUAGGAAGAAGCUACAAUCUAUUCGAAGAUGGGCGUUCCUCGAACAAGUAGCUUGUUCAGCCUAUCAUUCCUCGAACAAUCUGUUUAAGAAGAGAUGGGCGUCGAGGAGGAGGCUGAUCCAGUGAAACUGGAUGAGGAGGAUCCGGAAGCCGGUCCGAUUACCAAAGAUGAUGACUCGGGGUCUGCUGUUAUGGCUACAUCCACAAGCAACAAAAACGCGUCGACAGCAUUAAUAUGGUGCGUGCAUCUUCUACUCGAAAACUGAAAAUAUGCGAGUUACUGACUGAAAUAAGGGAGGUAGCUUUGACAGGGCUACUCUUCCUUGUUCAGUAUCUUCUCGCUUAGUUUCAGCAGUUAGUCGCUAUUUCAGUUUUUCGAAUAGCUUCUUUUCCUACUUCCUUCGAAAAGAAGGCAUUGGUGCUGCUGUCGAUAUUUUUAUGAUGCCACUGUCGUGGUCUUAGGUAAUAUGGUUCUAAUGUCCUCCAGCAUACCGAAGAAGAGGAAGGGAAAAUCCAAGAACUUCUUACUCCUGCUCCACGGCCUGUGGCUGAGCCUUUGCGCAUAAACCAAGGCCCUCACAUUCAUCAGGGGUUUAUGAAGCACACAGCGAGGACACAUGGAGCGAAGAUAGCGCUAACGCACACACCUGUAUUGCAACAGGGGGAACUGUUGGCACGUAGCGUUAACGACUAGGAAUUUGUACUUUUGGUGGGCUCAACUUCAACAUUAUACUCGUGGAAGCACUGUUUCACUUGCUUUAUCGAAAAACCCAAUUUGCAUGCAUGCUACAAACAAAAGAGAGAUUAUUGACUUCGUAAAUUUCGUCGGAUUGAAAGAAAUUUACGGAGACAGGGAUCCUGAUCGUUAUCUGAAAACAACCCUUGAACAACAGAAUCUGCGGAUCUAAACCACAUACCUGGGUUGGUCGUUCGUGGCAAUCAUCUGCCUGCGCAUCUGGUGUUUCAAAAAACUCGGAUGUUUAAAGACCAUAAAGCUGUAGAUGAGGAGAAACGGAAUAUGGCACAAGAAGACGACACUGACAUACACAUACUUCAUACUUGUUGUUUUCUAUUGUUUACACUUUGUUUCCUACUAGCAGCAGGUACAACUUCUGGUUCUCAUGAUGGGUAACCUGGGUGGCUUUUACUUUUUGUAGCGGAUCAUUGUUGAAAAUGCUUAGCUCUACAACAAGACCCACCUUAUAAUUCCCGAACCAGUACCCUGAGUGGCAUAUCUCGGAAAAGCCAGGAGAAAUUCUAUACGCCCUUAUCGAGGAUACAGAGAUUCGAACGACUGGUAUGGCAGGUCAUUUUGGACAAGUGCUUCUAUAGCUCUAGAAUUGGUAAUAUGUGGACGAACUACGUGAUUUUACCAGCAAGGAGGAACGGCAAGGGACACGUGCAAAUGUUGAUGCGUGGCUUGGCGACGAUAUUACAUGCUUUCUUCUUUACGGAUGGAUUAGAUAGAGACUAAAAAUCCUGACGAGUACAACGAACUUGAACAACUAGUAGCGAACAUGAAAUUGAGUAUUGCUCAGAACCACUAAUCACCACAAAGAUUAUAAGAUCUAGAUCAUAUUAUUCUUAGACAUAGAAGAGAUUGAAGCCUGCUCUCCUUCCAAACUUUCCUCAUCCUCUAAUCUCCCCCUCGCCUUAGCCGUCGGGGAGUCAGAUCCGCCUCAUAUGUAUCCCACUGCCGCUAUCCAAUUCGUAGGUGGAUGUUCGCUUUCGAUUCAAUGGUACAACAAUCAACGCGGGAAUUUCCUUUUUUUAUGGCGCCACUGAUUGAGAACGAAUGAACAAAGGGAAUGUCGAGAAGUGAUACCCCUUCUAAGGGUCAUACCCCCUGAUUGGGGACUGCUCUGCUCAGGUGGUAUACACUCUCAUUCACAAUCAGUGGCCUCACUCAUUGUUUCGUUCUGUGUUGAAUUUUUUCAUGGCUUGGAUUACUUUGCACGCGGCAGUCUGCGGACGAAGGUGGAUUCACUUGCUGUUUGAGCCAGAUGCUACGGAUUCAGAAGAUUUGCAGAAAAAGCAUGCUGAGAGUUAUGGGGGAGAAAGAUUGACUUUGAUGAUUAACUGCAACUUCUUCUUAUUUACAUCGCGCAACUCCUCACAUCGGUCCGAAUCAUAGGACUCUCUUGUAUCAUCAUUUUGUUUGCACCUUUAUCGCUUUCCUCCUUUCUUGUUGUUCUUCCACCUAUGUCUUCUAUAAUCAACAUUUUUCAUUCCUCCUUAUUCUAAUCCCCACAAGCCAAUGGCUACCCUCUCGAGCUCGACCUGCAUACCAGUGUUUGCUUAGUGCCGGGGGACAACUUUGAGGAGGCGGAUAUCGAAUUUCUGUGGAGUUUCCGAAUUUUGCACAUGAUCCAGACUGUUCUGACACUCCUAUAUUCGUGGAACCUGUACAAUCACUGGUCAGCUCCAGCUUACGGCGCUUUGCUGCAACCAAUAGGACGAGAGGUGGAAGUCGAGACGGGAGAAGAUGAGGAGAAGGAUGGCCCGAAGGAGGGAGAAGGAUGGUCCGAAGCAGUUCAGGAGGAUGAAGGGCAGACGAAGAAGAAAGCAGUGGGGAAUUACUGUAAAGAUGAUGAUGAUGAUGAUGAUGAUGAUGACGAUGAUGGUCCGAAGGAGGGCAAAGGAUGGUCCGAAAGAGAGAAUCAAGCAGUUCAAGGAGCAAGAAAAAGCCGAUCGAGUACAAGUAGAACCAGUGUAGGAAACAAACAACGGAGUACUUUGGUAGUUGCAAGUGUAAAACCAACUACUUCUUUUAGAGGACAAGAAUCACAGGCGCAAGGUGCAGCACUAGAGAUGAAUUUGCAGGAAGAUGCUGACAAGAUCAAAGCCGCAAGUGGGAUGGAGGCUGGAAAAAGAAGCAUAGUUUCUGGAGCUAGGGGAUCACCCCAAGACGAGAGCUGUGGACCACCUCAGUUGUUAAGGGGUGAUCAGAAUCUCAGUAGUGGAUAUACAAUCUCGAUCUGAGAAGAGAUAACAUUUGUUGGAACACCCGAACACGUCCAAGCGCACUAUGAGGCUCUUGAGAGCAAACGAAACGAUUAUCGCUGCAAUGUAACAGAAGGACGAUCAGAACGGACGCGCCGAAUGAUCACUGACUGUUUAAGGCCCUGAAAUGGUAUCAGAAUGGGUUCAAUGUCAUUGGGAUAUCAUGAAGGGUCAUAGUGCAGUUAAAGAUCUGGGAGAUCUUGCUGCUAAUUCAUGUUGGAACUCAUUGAGUUCAAAUGAUGAUCAUGCGAGGAACUAACAUGAGUUCAAGACAAGGAACGGUAUUGAUCAUGAUCAAGGUGACGAGUGAGAGCAGUCAUUUGGCAUUGAAAUCAGGUUCAUUCAUUGGAUCCUGAGCCAGUAAUGACCAUUGACCAACGCCCCUCCUCAAUCGCUAGGUGAGGAAAUGACGAGAGUCACACACAGUCUGGCGCUACCUGCUCUGACCCAGAACCAUCACUAUUCUCUAUAGCCACUGACGUCACCACUUGACCAACGACCUAACACCCUAAGAAGAUAGAAUAGGUAAGCACCGCCAAAGAAGCAGAACUUGAACCAGACUCAUCAUCUUCUUCUUCUGAGUCACUAUCAUCUUCAACAUGGUUACGGCUAAUUACUGGAUUCUCUAUGUGAUGUAAUAAUAAUCUGCGUUGAGUAGAUGAGCAUGAGAGUUUCGUUAGUCCAUCAGCUUUCAUCAGGUGAGUAGGACAGAGAACUACUUUCUCAGCUGCAUCCCUAACCCUUAAAUAACGUAGCGCAUAGUGUCUACUUUUAGGCUUCGUGUCUUCACUCUUUGCUAUCGAGAUUGCAGACUGGUUGUCUAUCCACAAUAUGGCAUCGUCGAGGGAUGGCGAUAUACCAAACCGCGUUUCCACUAAUUGAGUGGGUAAGGGAUUGAAGAAAUCUGUAAAAUCAUGCAGCUCGCUCAUGACAAUAGUGUCCGGCGCGGCUAUAGACUCUGGCUCUGCAGUUGAAUAUGCACGCACGGUUUGUGUAUUGCGUUUCCAACAGAUUGGAAAACCCCGAUAGUACAUAAUCGAACCACUGGCCGAGCGCAUGCUCUUUAUGCAGUUUGCGAAUCUUGCAUCUGAGAACCAUUUAGUAUACGGUAGCUCUCUUCCUUCUGGUAGGAGCUUCUUGUAAAUUUCGUUGAAUUCUUCCUCACUUUCUGGAGAAUAGUAGAGUCCUUGGUCUUUUGUCGUAGCUGGAUACUUUAAUACUUUUCUACAGGCUUUUGCAAUUCUUUCUGUAACGGGCUUACUAACAUACCGAGCCAAUGUCGCCACAGGGACGCAAAUAUCUGGCCUUGCGGUUGUCGAUAUCCAAAGCAGUGCGCCAACAAUCUCACGCAAUGGAAACCCGGCUGCUAGCUUAAGCCCCUCCUCAAGCAAAGCAGACUCGUCGAAAUUUGGAGACCACACCGGCUUACCUAGUGUUAUUUUAAACUUCUGUAAAGUCUUCUCUAUGUACACACUCAUCAGGAUUUUCACUGAACGUGCUUCCCGACAAUAGUGCACAAUCGCACCAAGAAAGUCGAACUCUAUCCAUUCGGAACUCGUGCGAGAAUCGACUCGCUUUGCCAUCUCGAUAGGUCGGCCAGGGGCUCGACUAAAGAUCCGGUCGAGCUCAGACCGUAACUCGUGAUAGUCAGGUCCAGUAGCUAAGUUAUCAUCAACAUAGACUGACGUCUUCAUAUACUUUCCUGGGUGCGUUUUGCUCUUUUUCCGCCACAAUCCUGGAGCAGAAGGACACGGCUCCCAUCCGAGUUCGGACAAUAGCACGCAAUACUUCUUGAACCAGGCUCGUGGAGCGUCCUUGAGCCCAUAGAGAGCUUUCUUAAGCUUGACGAUAUCCGCUCCAUGCUUCUCCGCCCACACUGGUGGAAGACGGCAGAAGACGUCGCGAUCGAGUUCAGCAUUAAGGAACGCAGAAUCAAGGUCGAAGGGGAUGACGAAGUCAGAGUCCGUCGCUGCUGAAACGAGUAAAAGCCUAUUCGCAGCGUGUGACACUACAGGGGCGUAGGUGUCGAUAUUCCCCGAACGAUCAAGAUUCCCGAGCACACAAGCACGAGCUUUGAAUGUUCCAUCACGUUUUACCGUGAGAACGAUUGCUAUAGGCAUUACCUGAGAAGAGGUUCGCAGCUCCUCGUCAGUAGCUGGCGCCCAAGUCUCAAAGGCAAGUAGUCUAGCUUCCUCCUUGGUGAUAGCUGCGCGCCAUUUCUCGGCGUCAGGGCUUUUCAAGGCUUGGGAAACUGACAGCAUGACAUGUGCUUCGAGAAAGGUCUCCCCUUCUUCCAGCUCAUGCCCACCUGCUAGCAUGGCAAAUUUAUGCAUGUCUUUUCUUAAUGCUUCUAGCUCGGCUUUUGUUCUUCUUUUGCGUUGUCUUGGAUUCUUAUCCUUGCUCCCUUUAGGUCUUCCUCGGCCUUUCUUCCCCUCCUCAACUUUGCCUGGCUGAGAUGGUGGAAUGGGUAAGCGUAAGGUCCUCGGAUCCCUUGCUUCAGGAUUAGAGUCAGGCGACACACGCUCCGAUGAGAUAUUCCCCUCCUCAACGCGUUGCGCGUCAGAGUUGGAAUCAUCACCGGUCUUUGGAUCUUCUUCUUGUCCAAAGAUUCACAGAAAAACUCAUCAGUUUCAUUGUUAUCUAAUAUCAUAUCCAUGCCGGUUGGAUCGCCUGAGCUGUACUCCGUGCCAGAGAAGCGCGGCUGACAGGCCAUACGUUGCAGCGCAUGUCUGUGCAGGACGGGACCCAGCGACGGCGUGCCAGACUGCAGGUUUUCCAGCGGGUCAUAAUCAACAUAAAUGACAUAGGCAAUAGCCAAUCAAUGUUCUUGACUAGUAUCGACUCUCGAAAUUUCGCAUCUAGUGUGGAAUACUCACUCCACUUGAAGCCAGCUUUCGUUCUCCCAUCGUUGUGAUAUGUACCUACUAGCCAACCGGACGAAACUGGACACAGACCGAGAAACACACCACGCCGAUAAGGUGACGCAAGCUUUGCUUCUUUCUUGUUGGUGGUGUCUACGACCUGUUCACGAAAGUACACCAAACAACCAAACCUUCUUAGCAUACCUAGACCACUUUUCGAGGACUUCUUUCCUAUCCUCUUUUCUAGUAUCUCGACAGGACUCAUUCCGUCACGUUCUGGCAUUUUUGCGUAACGAUGCGGUAAGCGAUUCCAACAAUCUCCGGCAUACUGUAGGCAGUAACACCAACGACGUCGGUCGACUUUGACCAACAUGGUACGUACAGCGCCGAAAAUGGUCCGCGUGAAACGUUCGCAAGUUCCGUUCAUUUCUGGGCUGUAAGGAACUCCAGGAAUUUCCGAAACCAGUAGCGACUGCAUGACUUUGGUCAUAUGGUCACUACUUAGGACGGGUUCGCUAUCUCUACGGAUGAACCAUACCGCCUUGUCGUCGAGUGACAGUGAGUAGUCCUGGCGAAUGCCUUUUAUUACUUCUUCAAUCACCUCUACGCAGUCCGACUUAAGGCAAAGAGGACGAACGAAGCACAUUUUAAUCGAAUCACAAAUAAUGACUAAAGCACAUCUUUUGCUUCUUAUAGAGACUGGUCUAAUACCAACUGCGAAAUCAAUUGCAAGUGUUUUCAAUGGAGAAGGUAUAUGCCCAGCGGGCCUCACUUUUGCAUGAGAGCGUCUUUGACCUUUGGUUCGAUCACAUUCUGGACAAGAUACACUAAGGCCAUCAGCGUGAAAGUGACCAAGUCUACGAUGUAUGUCUAAUCUUGAAGCUUGUGAAUGAAGUCUAGCUUCUUCUAUACUAGUGCAUACUAUAUCCUGGCCAGUUUCAUUUUCUUCUUUGCUAAACAUGUCACAGCCUAGAGUAGGUAACUGCAUCUGGGGGCAAUUUGUUAUGGGUAGAGAGCGGCCGGAGCGGGUAUCGUACAACGUUCCGCCACUUUCUGUGAAAUUCAUUUGCCAACCCUUCUCAUGACAGUUUCCCUCACCUAACCACGGUAUAAUGCGAUCUAUGGCUUUUGGUAAGUGUUCAAAGUGUACGCCAUAUUUUGAUCCUAAUUUAUUCUCAUUCAGUCUACCUAUGUUCCCACUUCGCUUUCCAGCAGUGCCACUAAUAUGACAAAGCCGGUGGCUAAUUUUCUUGAAAUCGGAACGAUGGCUAGACAAAUACUUAUUUGCACAACUGUCAACAAGUGAAACUGUUUUGCUUUGAUUUGCACUAAGAUAGCAAUCUGAGUGAUUUUCAAUCAUAUAGCUUUCAUCCCUAAUCAGUUCACUUCUAUAUUCUUUAUUCUCAAAGUUUUCUUCCAAGUUCAGCGAACACCUUCCAUUUUCAUCUUCGAAAUCUUCUUCCAAUUCUUCUUCAUCUUGGGACUGUCCAUCUCGUUUCCCAUAUCCAUUCCAUUCCGGAUUGGUUUCGACUCAGCGUUGUGGUUGUUGUCCACCCCAUUGCUGCUGUGGGUUACUGUUGUCGAAUCCUUUUCCUCCACUUUGUGGUGGUGGAUAGCUGUUCUGGUGCCACGGAGGGAUAGCGUUACCUUGCGGCCAGCAGUUGUAUGAAUUGUUGAAGAAGUUGCUGCCCAUGGCUUUGUUAGGUUGGUAGCUUUGACUCAUCGGGUUUAGCCAGCAUUUGUGCGCCUUAUGUCCAUACUUGUGACAAUAGUUGCACUGGAUACCCUCAUUAGGAUUAGAGUUCUUAGCACCUUUACUUUUACCACUUCCUUUAUUCUUCUUACUACUAGAACUACUACUACUACUCUUUCCACUUCCUUUUGUUGCGUAGACCUCGUUCUUGAUUUCUUUGCGAAUCUUCUUGCGAAGUCGUUUGAUCGUUGUUUUCUUGAGAGCGGCAAAUGCGUUACCAUCGUCAUCACUCUCAUCUUGACGCUUACGCUUCUUGGUUUUGGUAUUGUUCUGGUUUUCAUCAUCAGAAUCUUCGACAGUUGGAAAAGCUUUGCCGAAAGAUGGGCUCUCGAUCUUGUACUCACCAGAGUCAAUCAAACUUUGAAGUCGUUCUGUGAGUCUUUCACCGAUUUGGACGAACGUUAGAUGUUCUUCUUCUUGCAUCCUCUCGAUUGUCUGUCGAAAUGCUUUGGAGAACAUUUUUGGCAGAAUGUCGAGGAUUGCUCCAUUUUGUUGAUCAGCAACAGCCACACCAACUUCCGGCGGGUAUACGGUCGGAGAUUGGUUCAUGACAUCUCUAACCUUCGCCAGGAAUGUUGGAACGUCUGGAGGAGAAUCGCGGUUCGUGAAGUGCAUCCCUUCCAACGCUUUAGCAGAGAUUCGUUGCUCUGUGCGGUCAUUUUGACUGAAACCAGCGUCACGGAGGUUUGUUACCACCUCACCAGCGUUCAUUGCAGUGGUAUCCUGAUCCUUCGUAUGUGCUUCGGCUGCACCUUUGAGCGACUUGAUGAUCACGUUCUUCAAAUCUCGCCAAUUCUGCUGGAGCUUGCGGUCGUUGUUGUUGGGUUGGUUCGGAACCCCUGCCGCGUUGCCGUUCAGCACGUUGUUGAGGUAUUGGACUAGGUCCAGGCGGUCUGCUUCUUUGCGUUACCGCUCGAAGCCAGUCACGCCAGUCAGAUUUCUGCCCCAGUUUGGGUGAAAUCUCUCCAAGACUCAUAUCGGGCAUUUUGUGGCGCAAGUAAUGCGACUUUGUUUUCUCUACUUCUACAAAGAAUUGACUAGCUAUUUCUUUAAUAAGGUAAGGCUCAAGGGCUUGAAACAGUGUUGGAACACCCGAACACGUCCAAGCGCACUAUGAGGCUCUUGAGAGCAAAUGAAAUGAUUAUCGCUGCAAUGUAACAGAAGGACGAUCAGAACGGACGUGCCGAAUGAUCACUGACUGUUUAAGGCCCUGAAAUGGUAUCAAAAUGGGUUCAAUGUCAUUGGGAUAUCAUGAAGGGUCAUAGUGCAGUUAAAGAGCUGGGAGAUCUUGCUGCUAAUUCAUGUUGGAAUUCAUUGAGUUCAAAUGAUGAUCAUGCGAGGGACUAACAUGAGUUCAAGACAAGGAACGGUAUUGAUCAUGAUCAAGGUGACGAGUGAGAGCAGUCAUUUGGCAUUGAAAUCAGGUUCAUUCAUUGGAUCUUGAGCCAGUAAUGACCAUUGACCAACAGCAUUCAGCUUAUUUUUACAAAGGUUCUACUUUCGUCUAAUUCCUUUACGUUUACUAUUUCUAUGGUUAGAACUUAUGAAACAUAAAUGAGUUCGUCGAGUUGUUUCUACUCUUUUGUGGGUCUUGUCACAUCGAUUCCUCCUGCGUGUAGGUGCUAUACACCUAUUAGGGAUGCACAUAAUAGAACUGUUUUGAGCUCUAACUCAAGAAGAUGCAGCUGCAGCUGAGCAACCACCACCACCACUGAAGCACAUUCUUUUGGUUAGAGGACCGACUUGGCUGAGGGGUCGUGCACGAUUGCAGGGAGCUAUCAUGUUCGUCGACAUUCUGAAAGCGGUGUUUAUUAAGGCUGGUCACUUUGACCGCGUAACUAUGGUAAAUGUUGUUUCGAUCGUCAACCGUCAAGGUUCCUUCGAUCGCGGGUGAAAAGACAAUAUUUUUUACAUUGAGUACUGGUAAGGGUUACACUUUUCGAACUUUUUACACUUUUUUCGGCCUGUACUGUGGAGGAUUCCUGUUAACUCGUUCCUUCUAAUCUCAAGAUGGCGCUAGCAUCUGAAAGCGGAUUCUUUGAGCGAGGACCUGAGGAGGCGAUUGUGCAUUUUGUCCGCGCGUUCAUUCUGCGUCCACUACUCAUCGCCAGUUUGGUGACGCAAUUUUCCUAUCCGACGUAACUGCCGAGUGCUGAGGGGAGUGUCUGUAUCAGUAUGAGCAGUCUUUACACGACAGUUAAACGGAUCAUUUUCACUGUUGUAGGUUUUUCUAGCAAUUUUUCGUAGUUGGUAAAUCUAAAUUUGGUGAAUCAACUCAUUCAAAUCUGCUUUUCUACAAUUGAGAAAAUCCAGAAUCAUUUAAAUUAUCUUCCAGUCUAGCGCUUUCCGUUAAAAGUUAUCUAUCCUCCUAGCUGCUCAGAGCAGUACUGGUCGAGAACUCUCCAUUACUAGUAUCUUCAGUAGGAAAGAAAGGAUUCUCCUCCUCGUACCUCGUUACGUUGCACAAAGAAAAAAGUAGUCUUUAACAUCAAAAACAGUUCGUUGUUGUAGUGCGGCACAAAGGUUCUUCUAGUUCAACACUCUACGCCUAUGGCGAAGCACUGGAAGCAAACUCUUAUGAAGAUUAUUGUAGCACAAAAUCCAAAUGCAAAAGGGUUAGUUCAGAUGAAUCAAAGCACGCCCUUUCUAGUCACGAGGGACAGGAGGAAGGAGCAGGAGAGGAAGUGAACCACAACUAGCUGUUUUUAGUGAGAGGAUCUUAGUAUAGAUUUAGAUGCUGUUGUUGCC